AUAGCAACUCCGUAUGUCUAUAACUUCAAUGUCAGGGAAAAGUUUCAGUAAAAAUCGUAAAUGUAUGAUGUAGGAACAUAAAUAAAACAAAAAAUGUGCGCAAAAUAAGCGCAAUAUUCAGACAUCUUCUAGUAACUUUGAUGUUGUUGUUGACAAAGAUAACAUGUUAAGAAUAUAACGCGAAAUAUAAAAAUGGAAUGAUUGUAAUAAAAAUCGAAAAGUAACUCAUCAAAAUGAAGUCAUAUUUUUCCAGAGGUGUGCGGAUUCUUUUUAAGAAAUAUUUACUAUUAACUAAUAGUAUCACCUCUGGUUUAUUUAUGACUAUUGGUGAUGUUGUGCAACAAGAAUUUGAGUAUCAAACCAAUGUAAUACAUACCAGAUAUGAUUGGGACAGGGCAGCAAGAAUGUUUGUAGUGGGUACGGCUAUGGGUCCAGUACAUCACUACUAUUAUCACUAUUUAGACAAAUUACUACCUGAGAUAAGCUUAAAAACUGUUGGGAAAAAGAUAUUGAGUGAUCAGUUGCUAGCGUCGCCUUCAACAAUUCUAUGCUUUUAUUAUGGUAUGGGUUUUUUAGAAAGGAAAACUUUCAAGGAAUCCACUGAAGAAAUCAAACAAAAAAUUAAAUUAACUUAUAUGGGGGAUUGUUUGUUCUGGCCUCCUGUACAGUUUUUGAAUUUUUACUACUUACCAUCACACUACAGGGUAUUUUAUAUAAACUUUGCAACAAUGAUAUAUAAUGUGUUUUUGUCGUAUAUGAAACAUUAUGAUCAGCACAAAUAAGUACAAAGAGUUAAGUUUUCAUGUGAUUCAUCAGUAAUAAAAUAAUAUAUUACGUA